GGACAGUAACGUCAAACAUUAGGGUUAUAUUAUUAUUAUUAUUCUAAUUUUUAUUUUUUAGUUUUUGAUAAAUCUAUUGUUAUUAAUUUAAAAGAAAUUGAAAAUUAUAAGCAAUGAUAUAAGUUUUCCAAUGCUUUUGUUUAUAGUCGACUAGUAUCAUCAUACUAUAAGUAUGGCACCGCCCCCAAUAGUUACAGGUCUUUCUCCAAAUGAAGGGCCACCAGGCACAAGAAUCAAAAUUAGAGGUGAAAAUUUCGGUAGCCAACCAUCCGAUUUAAUAGGUCUUACAAUAUGUGGAAUGGAUUGUCUUUUAACAGCCGAGUGGAAGACUCCUAAUAAGGUUAUAGCUAUUUCAGGUCCAAUAAAAGGUAAGGGAGAUGUCAUAGUAACCACAAAAUAUGGUGGAACAGGUACAUGUAACGUUACCUUCAGGGGAUACCAUUUAGCUACAAUUGGACCUUUAAAGGAGAGUGCAGUUUGGGUAGAAGAGACUCCCAUAUACUCUUGGGGUAGACAUUCUUUAAGCCCAAGUAGUUUUCAGCAAGAAGAUCCUCUAGGCUUGUCUGUAGAAGAGGCAGAGAACAAGAUUAGUGAAGAAGAACUCUUAGGAUAUUUUCCUGGCAAAUGUGGAGACAUUGGUAGUCAGCAUUUUUCUCCUGCGUGGUUCCUUUUAGAAAACCAUCAAACAACAAGUUUUAACGAUUUAAAAGCUGGUUUAAACCAUCUCACCAGAAAAGUACAAAGCCAAAAAGAAGGCCAACUUUCUUUCUUAAAGGCAAAUUUGAAUAGUGUCAUGGAUCAAAUCGACACCUUAACGAACCUACGUGAAAAAUACGAAAAAGAAUCAUCAGUAUUUGGAAGUACACCAACAAUUAAAUUGGAAAGAGCCAUCAAGGAGUCUGAAAGAGAAGCCAGGAAACUAUUUGAUGAUGUUUUAGCGAGAAAAGACAGAGCUGAAAAGACAAGAAACGCAUUGAACGUUUUACAAAGAUACAAAUUUUUGUUUUGCCUUCCGUGUGUUAUAGAAAGAAACGUAAAAAAGGGAGAUUAUGACAUAGUUAUAAACGAUUAUAUGCGAGUAAAAAAUUUAUUUGAUAAAACAGAAGUGCCUAUUUUUAGAGAAGCCCUAAACGAAGUUGAAAAGCGUAUUGUGGAGUUACAAACCAAAUUACAUAAAGACUUGCAGACAAUGCCUAUUACAGUAGAACAACAGAAGCGUCUUAUUCGCUAUUUGGUUAAUUUAGAAUGUCCCUUCGACGCUGCUUGGGACGCCAUCAAAAGCAGAUGGGAGUACAUAAAUCAGAAGUUUAAGGAAAUAUACACUUUCCAUAAAUCUACAGACAAGUCAGAAGCUUCCAAAAAGCAGAACUCUGCUUCGAAGUACUCGAAAUCACAAAUCGAAGUGAACAUAGUACCAGCUUGUGUUAAUUUUACAGAUGAAAUAUGCGUGGUUACUUCAGAGAUAUUUCCUGAUUUGUGGAAGAUUGGUCAAGCAUACUUUUCUGGGGAGCUGCAGGUGAAAAUUGAAGCAGGAAGGCAGGUCGAAUACAAACAUAUGGUUUUAACUGCGAUUGAAUCGUUUUCCAAAUACGUACGAGUUAGCAUCAUUCCAAAUACUCUAGAUAAAUCUGAUCGUGUCCAAUACGGUUCUUUAACCACUUUGGACCGCGACGAAGUAGCUCUGUACCUUCCAGAACUGCUCCGCUCAGUGCGCUCUACAUACUCCACAUUAAUUCAACUAGAUCUACCCAAUGAAGCUUUAGACAUAGUAUCAGCUUUGCUUAUAGAUAUGCGAAUCUAUUGCAUGAGCACCUUAUUCCAACAAACAGCUGAACAAAUUAAACAACUGUCAGAAAAUUGGAAAAUAAAUUUUAGCGGAAAAUAUACGGGAGUUACUGAACUUCCUUUGAAGUUUUUAAGGUUAAUUGAAGAUGUCAUACAAAUUGUAAAGGAAUCUGCUUUAUCUGUCGAACAAAGGGAAACAUCUCUUUUAGAUAGUUCUUCUGCGCAGAAGGAACUCGAAAAGCAGGUCGAUAAUAUUUUAGGUUCUUUUUAUGAUGUGCUGAAUAACCUUUCAUCAACUGAAGAUUAUGAUGAUUGUGAUGAUAAUUCACCAGUGGUUUCUCAGUUGAUAGGGACUCCCGUAGGUCCUCAUAAAACGGGCGCACCGCAUGAUAUCCCCACUUGGGAGAAUCGGCUGCUGAUAACCUUAUCGAACUGUAUAUUUACAAAAAUUACUAUACUUGAUGAGAUUUCUAAGAAGUUCAGAGAAACAGGAUUUUCCUCCAUAGACGGCCCUAUCAAAACAAACAAAAAUAAAUACGAAGCCUUAGAAAAAUCAAUUUUAGAUAAAUAUUUAGAGCAAAAGAGUGAUCCUCUAGUUGGUACCAUUGAGCCUUCUAUGUAUUUGGGACGGUUUGACUGGGAUAUCAACGUGCCUCCUACAGACAUUCGCCCUUACGCCAAAGAAUGUGUCAAUAACCUUAUAAGUGUACAUUCUGAAAUAAAUAACAUUUCAGUUAGUCUUCUGGAUAGUAUCUUGGUCAAAAUUGUUGAAACGAUCGCUGAAGAACUGUAUAGACUUAUGUCAUGUGCUCAGAAGUUUAGUAAGGAAGGUGCUCAGCAAGCUGUUGUAGAUAUCGAAUGUCUCCAAUGGAUAUUUACGAACUAUUUGUCCGAGAAUGCGAAAAGUUAUUUUAAAGAAGCUUUGGGGCAUGUUCCAGAAAUAAACAAAUCUGAUAAGUUGUUAGUUGAAGAUAUUCUGAAACAAUGUAAGGUGAGGAUGAAGACCCAAAUUUUAUGUUUAAGAAAAAAGUAAUAACACUCUGCUUUAAAAUUAAUGUAUAAAUAUAAUAUAUUAUGUAUAUUUAUUGAAAUGGAAGUAUAGUAUUCAAUAUUUAUUUAAACUUUAAACACAUCAUUCCUGCCUUAUUUGGUUUUGAGCUUUUGUAAAGCACUAUUAUGGCCGGUUUCACCAACGACGAAUAGUAAUUUAUUCGAUGAAUAAAGUUAUUCGACCAAUAAAACUGACAGACCUACGUUUCACUAACGUCAAAUAAGACUGAUUUUAUUUAUUUGUCAAAUAACUAUUUACUCUUCGAAUAAAUUGACACGGACAAGUUAGUUUCUCUUUAAAAUAUCUAUUCGCUGUGAGCCGAUGAGUAGGGGGGAUUUGACAGUUUCCGCCAGCGCUGUUAGUGGCAGUUUUGUGCAUCGAAUUUGAACAAUUUUAUCAGAAAAGUAUAAGUUUCAUUCCGCGAGAGAGCGCUACCGACGAAACUCACAGCCAAUAAAAACAGAGGUAACCUCUAAAUUUCACAUAAACUUCUUCUUUUUUUCAAUGGCCUCUUGCGUAAGCAGUCAUCCAGUCGCACGAAUACAUUAAAUAUUAAUACAUAAUAUUUAUACAUUAAAUAUUAAAAUUAAAAUGAAUAAAAUAAAAAAACAUAAUUACUUUUACUAUUAAUUCUGUGUAUUCGUUCAGUAAUCAGGUUACAAUAAUAUUUCAGUUCAUAAUUUGUGUUUUUCUGGAUAAAUAUCUAUUUUUCUGUUUUGUAUAUUUCGCAUACACCAAUUUUAUCAGAAAAAUACAAGUUUCAAACCGCGAGAGAGCGCUACCGUCGAAACUCACAGCCAAUAACAAAGAAAAUUCGUCAGUUUAACUUUAAAUUAUCAAAAUUUUAUUUAAAACACAAUAAAAAUAUAAUCGACUAAUAAAUUUUAUUCGACGAAUAACUAUUCACUGAUUUAUUUGUUGUUGGUGAAACCGGCCCUUAGUUGAGUAUUUGUUAAAUUUUUUAGAUAAAUGUUUUAUUAUUCAUAUAUUAAGCGCCAAUUUUGUUUAUAUAUUGUUAACAAUUGAAUAUCAAAGGCGAAACAUGUUAUUAAUAAUGGUACAGCGGCACAAAAAAUUGUACCCAUUACCCUAGCUCAGCCCAGCUUUUUGUUUGUAAUAUAGCAGUCGGUACACAAAAUUUAUUAAUAAAAAAUCUACAAAAACAUAAA